AUGCGUUUGGUCCCCCUUCGUCAACAAACUCGAGGCGCGUCUCCGCGAGCCGGAAUUUUUGGCGGAUACGCAGCUCAUCAGUUAACGGAAAGUGGUAUCCUACCAGAUCUGAAUGAACACUUGUCACCUGCAGAGAAGACCAUGGACCAGGCUCUAAGAGCUUUAUUGGAAGAUAAGCUCUAUUUUUACAAUGGAAACGAACGCUGGAAUGAAAACUACUACACCAUGCGCGACGGGGUAAUGGCAUCUAUCCCAUACCCAAUCCGCGUGAUAGUAGGACUUUUAGCCUGGCGCAAUAACAACGCUGGCCUAUAUAGUCAAGGAACAGGCCGUUUUUCUGCAGAGGAGAUACAUUCUUUCCGAGACAAGAUCUGGCACAGUCUAGACGAUCUGCUGGCGGAGUCAAGACAUAAGGCUCCUUCGGGUCAGAAAGUUUUUUGGGCUUUGGGGGGUAAGGGGCCUACAGAGGCUGAUACCAGUUUGUUUGCGUUUGUUAUCGCUGGCUUGGUUUGUGAUGCUGGCCCGGAUUCGAGGAAGUUGAUUCGCACAUUACCGAAUGUAAUUGACUACGCGCGGAGGAUUCAUGAGGAGUAUUUCGCUGACUAUGAGGCGCCUGCAUGGGAGUGA